CGUGACCAGGGCAGUGACGGUGAGUGACGCCUCUGGAGCGAGUCCGUUGCCACCACUGGGGCAGCUGAGUGCGUCGACGCAGGGGAUCCAGUCUGUCCAAGAGGAGGAGGAGGGAUACCUGAAAGCGUUAAAUAGACGGACGCCUCUGGCGAAGGAGACGCCUGCCGCACUUCAGACAUCUGAGAGCCAAGAGCCGUGGGUGGCACAUCCAGAACAAUGCAUCUGAGAAAUGUGACCAUCUUUGUCGCCGGUGCUGUGUGCUGUCUUCUUUUGCAGGCGGGGCCAGCUCGCAGUCUCCAUCUCGCGUCAGUAUACAACUCUGGGAGAUACCCGAGCGCGAGCAACGCCGGCAGAAGCGUCCACCACUCUUCGACAUACGACGACAACCGCGGAUAUUCGAGCGAUAUCAGCAGAGGUGGCUCCACCUAUGGGUCACGCGAUAUCGAUUUCCAUGAUGAGACAGAUUUGCUCGAGCACUACGACAACGAUGCCACCUAUGGGUCACGCGAUAUCGAUUUCCAUGAUGAGACAGAUUCGCUCGAGCACUACGACAACGGUGCCACCUAUGGGUCACACAACUUUGAAAACCGUGAUAAGAUAGAUGCGCUCGAGCACUACGACAACGAUGCCACCUAUGGAUCACAUGACAUCGAUUUCCAUGAUGAGACAGAUUCGCUCGAGCACUACGACAACGAUGCCACCUAUGGGUUACACAACUUUGAAAACCGUGAUAAGAUAGAUGCGCUCGAGCCCUACGACAACGAUGCCACCUAUGGAUCACAUGACAUCGAUUUCCAUGAUGAGACAGAUUCGCUCGAGCACUACGACGACGAUGCCACGUAUGGGUUACACAACUUUGAAAACCGUGAUAAGAUAGAUGCGCUCGAGCACUACGACAACGAUGCCACCUAUGGAUCACAUGACAUCGAUUUCCAUGAUGAGACAGAUCCGCUCCAGCGCUACGACAAGGAUGCCACCCAUGGGUUACACAGCUUUGAAAACCGUGAUAAGAUAGAUGCGCUCGAGCACUACGACAACGAUGCCACCGAUGGGUCACAUGACAUCGAUAUACGUGGUGGGACGGAUCCGCUCGGGCACUACGACAACGAUGCCACCUAUGGGUCACAUGACAUCGAUUUACGUGGUGAGACGGAUCCGCUCGAGCACUACGACAACGGUGACACCUAUGGGUCACAUGACAUCGAUUUGCAUGGUGAGACGGAUCCGCUCGAGCACUACGACAACGGUGACACCUAUGGGUCACAUGACAUCGAUUUGCAUGGUGAGACGGAUCCGCUCGAGCACUACGACAACGGUGACACCUAUGGGUCACAUGACAUCGAUUUGCAUGGUGAGACGGAUCCGCUCGAGCACUACGACGAUGCCACCUAUGGGUUACACAACUCUGAAAACCGUGAUAAGAUAGAUGCGCUCGAGCACUACGACAACGAUGCCACCUAUGGAUCACAUGACAUCGAUUUCCAUGAUGAGACAGAUCCGCUCGAGCACUACGACAACGAUGCCACCCACGGGUUACACGACAUUGAUAACCGUGAUGAGACAGAUCCGCUCGAGCACUACGACAACGAUGACACCUAUGGGUUACACGACAUCGAUUUACAUGAUGAGGCAGAGCCGCUCGUGCACUACAACAACCAUCCCACCUCUAGAUCAGAGAGCUCCGUGCUCCUGGAGGAGGUGGGCUCCAGGCUGGUGGCGGGGCUGAUACCCCGAAUCAAGAACGGACCGGACGCCGGGAUGGUGACAGGGCCGCCACCCGGCUGCAGCACCUUGGACUGGGUCCGCAGGCUGCUAAAUGGCCAGUUGACGUGCCUGCCGCCGAAAGUCCCUCCACCCUGCCCCGAAUGCUACUCAGGGUGCGGCUCUGAGUGCUGCUUUACGUGCUGAGUUCGACGCUGCGGCUCAUGGCGCAGCGUACGCUGAUACGGUCGCUGACGACGCGGUGCGCACUGAUUGUCUCCUCCCCUCCGCCGAGUCCUCCCCUGCGGCUAACGACCCCAGUGCUAAACAGAGCGGGAGGGUCCCGCUGGCCCGCUU